CCGAACAUGCCGGAAUAUCCAGGUGCUGUGUUCGUCAACCAUGUUGGAUUUCGCACAGCACAGGUCGGAUCUAUUCUAGCGUGUGGCAUCAUUGCUCCACUGCGAUGGAUGCAGAAGGGCAGAAAAGAGAAGCUCUUCUCUGUAGUCAUGCCAAGGGUUGGAGGGUCCUUUUUUGUCGGAGGCUAUUUGUUUGGCGCAGGAGCGAUCACCGUCCUAGCGUUCGCAGGAACGAAGAUGCGCAAUGGCGUUCCUUUGACCGUUGAUGGGGUCGAUGAUCGCGCCUACAGAAUCACUCAGAAUCAAAAUCUGCAGAAGCAGAACGACUUCGUCGCUGCAGGAAUGCUGGCGUCUCUGGUCUCUGGUCGCAGCAUGGCAGGCAAGGGUCUCUUCGGUCACAUGGCCGUCGGCGCGACUGUCGGAACGCUCGCGUGCGUCUUCGCCUACGGCGCGAUGCCCGAGAUUAGGAAGAAGUACUGGCCUCAAGUGAAGCCUCAGAUCAACAGCGCGCUAGGGUCUGCCGGCCUACCGAAGCUGUAAUGAUGGGCAGAACAGUCAAGAAACUCAACUUGUUGUCUUACCUGCUGCAGACUAGUCCAUGGCUCAUCUCUUAACAUUUGUUAAUCAAAAGCUCCAGUCCAGCUA